GGAUGCGGGGCCGCGUUGUGGCGCCAGUCGGACCCUCUGCUCUACUCGGUUCUUUCAGAUCAUUUCUCUGGAUCAUGUUCAAAACAUAAAGAAGAGGCGCCUCAGAGGGUCCACCUGCUGUAAACAACACACACACACACACACACACCUUUGCGGGGAGGAAGAACCGACUCUUUUGAGGAAGAAAGGAAGGCGAUGAGAGGGCAAACGAAGCCAGACAGGGAGGAGAAAUGUGUCAAGAGAGCACCAGAAGAGAAAAUGAGCACGUUAGAGAGGCAAUAAUUAGGGGGAAGGAGGAGUGAUGUUUCCGUGACACUAUUGUGAUCUUAUUGUGUGACACUGAACUUCUAUUGUUCAUUUCCUCAUGUUCGUACGCUGCUUGAGUGCUUUUGGCCCGGCGCUCUGUUGGCACUUUGAUUUGAAUUUGAAUUGCCCACUUAAAACCAUCUCCAUAGUAUUACAAAUGUUUGUUACAAUCACUCAAGGUUUUCCUUUUGGCUCUCAAAGGGUUCGUUUGAUUCCCUCACUGUUUCCUCAGCCCUGACGUGUUUGGACACGCAUGGCCGCUGCCAGUGAGGCAUAUAGUUGGUUCAGAAUCAACACGAGGAAUGUUGCUCAGUUGUUGCCCACUUUUUGAAAUGUCGAGUGUACGCUGCAUAGUAGUGGGAAACCUCUGCUGCUCCCUGUUUGUUUUCUAGUUUAAAUGUCCGUGCUUACAUCAGCUUUCUUCUCUUUUCUGUCAGAAUGAAAAUAAGAUUUUACAGAAUUAACAGUCCACUUAUGAGCUUUUGCACCUUAUUUAGUUAUCAACCACAUUCCUCAAUUUUCACCAUUUUCAUUAUGUGGAUUUGCAGUGACAAGAUGAAUACAUGAACCCACGACUUGGGUUCAACACUUUAUUAUCGGGCAGUAGGUCAUGACAAACCAAUACAGUGGAAGUGACCUUUCAUCAGCUUCUGCACGGAUAUACAUAUUUACUUUUUGUCCUGUAAAUGUCAUGAUGACAUGAACAUGUUCUACAGCAGGCGCAUAAAUUGUAGUAACACUUUUUUUUUAAUUAUUCCUUGUUGGUCCGCUGCUGCUUUCCAAUCACCUGUCGCUACAUUGUAACUACACUUUGGGGAAAUGAACUAACCACGUCCGCAUGGGCAGUUUGACGUCACCUUGUCCCGCCCACUGAGGUCUUUCCCUUUCGCUCAUUGGACGAGAGCGGAUAGAGAAGGCGGUCCUCCUGCAAACUUGACAAAAGUUAGUUCCCCGUGCUGAGCAGUGAGUGAGUGAGCGCUUCAGACCACUCGCACCGCGGUGAGGCUGCGACAGACCUGAACACCCGGCUGGACAUAAUCGGACACAUGUUCACGUUUUAAAUAAACUAUGGUCGGAGAUUAUUGCUCAUUUUCUGGAGAUAAGACGGACAUGCACUCUCAGAGAAACUCCAAAAACGGACUAAGUUGCAAGAUGGUGCUCCAGGCCGUCGGAAAAGUACUACGGAAGUCAAAGACGAAGCCAAAUGGAAAGAAGCCCCCGCCCGAAGAGAAAAAGCAGUACCUGGAACUCGAGUACACAAAAGUCCGUGUGGUGGAUUUUGACCUCAAGGAGCUGGUGGUGCUGCCCAGAGAGAUAGACCUCAACGAAUGGCUAGCCAGCAACACGACAACGUUCUUCAAUCUUAUCAACCUGCAGUACAGCACUAUCUCAGAGUUCUGCACCGGGGACACCUGUCAAGCCAUGAAUGCCUGCAACACAAUAUACUACUGGUAUGACGAGAGGGGGAAGAAGACAAAGUGCACUGCGCCACAAUACGUCGACUUUGUGAUGAGUCUUUGUCAGAAACUGGUCACCGAUGAGGAGAUCUUCCCUACUAAAUAUGGCAAAGAGUUCCCCAACUCCUUUGAGUCCUUGGUGAAGAAGAUCUGCCGGUACCUGUUCCACGUGCUGGCUCACCUCUACUGGGCACACUUUAAAGAGACAGUGGCUCUGGAGCUGCAGGGCCACCUGAACACUCUGUAUGCACAUUUCAUCGUUUUCGUAAGGGAAUUCAACCUGGUCGACCCCAAGGAGACCUGCAUCAUGGACGACCUGUCCGAGGUCCUCUGCACGCCCGCGCCGCCGCCCGCUCCCGCCCCGGCCCCCUCCGCCCCGGCCUCUGCGCCCUCCCCUUCUUCACAAAACCACGUGACGGAGAGAUGAGCGGGGGGGGGGGGGCGGCGGUGGUGAGACAGCAGCCACGGGGGUGAAGAUAGGAUGGAGGAGAGAAGCAAAGGCAGCCUGGCCCCCCUCUUUGGUGCCAGCAGGACUUAAAGACCUUCCACUACCCUUAUAUAUUUCGCUAUGAUACCAACCAACCAGCCGGAAGGG